GCAGAGGGCGGAGCUCUGUUCCUGCCGUUUGACAGCUGCGAAAUAGAAAAUGUAUAGCGGAUAGACAGUCUGGAGAACCAUGCAGCUCCAAUGCAACCAUACUAUCACAAGGAAUGGGAUACAGCAUGGCCCUUUAUAGCCUGCGCUUGCCCUCGUAAAUUUGGGUCAACUGGAGAGCGCAAACUACAAUACAAGGGAACUAAGUAGCUUUCAUUGCACAUAAUUCCUGGAUCUGAGAGGCAUGCAUCGUGCCUUCUCGUAUCCCGUAACUGUGGAACGCAGUCGAACCAAAGAGCGCUUGGAGGCGUGUUUGGCCGGGCUAUGCGAACUGGAGCUCCGCAGACAGCGGCAGGAGUGUCUGGUUCUGGGGGCGCUGGCUCUCGGAGACCCGCUUGCCCAGGAAAGCUCCAGAGGAGAGCUGAGAUGUUUCAGCAGCUGGGGCCAGGAAAACUUGACACUGAGACGUCAGCUGAGUGCUCUUCAGAGCUCCCCAUGGAGUCUAAUGCAAACGCUGGAACAGCAGGUGGGAGAGCUGAGGAUCGACGCUGCUGAUGACUGUUGUGACAGAGCCCAAGGAGAAACUGGCAACAGUCGACCGAGUUCUGGUUUCUAUGAAUCAAGUGAAGGUCAGUCACCAAAAGGAAAAUCUUGUACCACUGAGCCCACAGAGAGUGUCUCCUCCUGGGCUUACACCAGUGACAGGCCAAAGUCUGUGGGAGACCCCCUUAUGCUGGAUGGAGAAUUUGAUGCACCACUUCUACGCACCACGCUACCCCGCUCUUUCUCUGCCCCCUACCCACCUCUUGAGGGUAUUGCUGAGGAGGGCACUGCCGUGGACUCCUGGCAGUGGGACCCCAGUGGAGACAAUGGUGGCUGGGAGCAGCAACCUGAAGAGGAUCAGGUCACUGAAGAGGACUAUCAGCUGGCUUUGAAGGUAGAGGGUUACAUCCUGAGUCUCAUCCAACGCCAUACCCUCACACCAAGACCUUGUCAGCCUCGCACCACUCUUAGCCCUGACCCCCCAUACUGCAGUGGCUCUGGACACAGCUCCCUACACAGGAUAACUCCUUCUUUAACCACAGAACACCGCCCUUCUGAUCCUCAUCUUCAGCCCCAUGGUGACCUUUCUACAAAUCCUAAUGGCCAGGGAUGGGGUUGUGACCUGGAGCGAGAGGCCUGUGGUGGGGAGGCCCCAUCUUUGGAGGAGGACUGUUAUUUAGCUCUGCCCUACCCCCAGCCCAAUCUAAUUUCCCUGGGUGGAAGGCUACCAUCCCCUCCGCCCUCACUGGACCAUAACUGUGGAGUUGGGGCUCUUGACCUUUGUUGUGAACCCCCAUCCCCCCAUCAUUAUCUACAUCCACAGCCCCCUAUUCUUCACAUGCACAGUUUAGUAAGUGCUCAGUAUAUUCCUGGACAAGCCUGUCAUGCCCCUCUGUGCUCCCCAAGACAUUACAACCAAGAGCAGCCAAAGUCCAACCAAGUUUUCACAUCUCCUGAUCACCUCAAGUACAGAGCAUCUAAGAAAAAUCACAGCGAGAGACAGAGAUCCAAGAAGUCGAGCAGUAAAACCAAUAGAUCCCAGUCUGAAAACAGCCUCCUGGGUCAGCGGGUGCUUCCAGAGAGGAGGUACAGCACCACAGAGAGGCCCCAAGGCAGAGGUGAUCCUCAUACACUGCCUCACAAUCAAAACCAGGUUGUAGGACACCAGGUGGUCAACAACGGCCACAACGAGAGCCGACGCUGGCGAUCUAACCUGGAGCUCAGCCAAGAUGAGGGGGAAGUCCAAGCAGGGCAGGUACACAGACGACCACCUCGAAAAGUUCGCCACGGCCCUUCUUGUUCCCAUUCCCAACCCCAGAACUACCACCAACAGCAGCACACCAAGCACUGGCAGCAGGACUUUCAGGAAAGUGCACCUCUCUGUCAGGGGGAGGAGAGCUACGGUGGUGCUGCCCCCGCAGAGUCCGAGUCUAGCAUGAGCGAGGUAUAUUCUCCAGCCUCCAGCUCACUAUCCAGCGACUCCGAUGAGAGCGGGGGGCUGGUGUGGCCCCAGCAGCUGCCACCCCGCCUCGCUUCUACCUCUUCUUCAUCCUCUCCUUCACCACAAGCCACUGCCAAUACCCCAUCUCAACCAAAAGCCUUUGUCAAGAUAAAAGCUUCCCACGCUCUGAAGAAGAAGAUUCUCAGAUUCCGCUCAGGGUCGCUUAAGGUCAUGACUACUGUAUGAGAAAAUUGUCAAACUAGUUUUAAACACAUACUCGUCAGUAACGUACUUGGCACCAAAUCCUAUGUCAAAUAUCACAUCCCAUCUUUAUAUUCAAUAUGUCAAUAUGUCAUAGUGAGAUUCCUUUACAUGUAUUGGCAUGAAUAAUGAUCUAUUCAAAGAUCUUUCAUUUGUACUAUCUGGUUAAAUGUAUCUUCCAGUUGACAACCAUCAGACACAAGACUAAUGGGCAGUAUACUGCUCUAAUGGAUGACAACUGAUACCAAAUGACAUGUACCACCUAGAAGCGGAGUGACUGAAUAUGCUGGCAGUUUUUUCUCUGUUUCAUUUGCUCUCAUCAGACAAUUGUGGUUAAUUAAUGUAUUACUGAUAUUUUCACCAAGUCGCAUUAUUAGUCGAAAAACUAUAUCAAAUCUUUGUGAUACAGGCCUUAAAACAUACUAGGUAAAUUUGCUGUGUUCAGAUUUCAUAAUAACCUGGUCUUUUUUAAAGAUUAUGCUUUUUGCUGAAAGUCAUAAAGUAAACAGGAAUUUCUUUGAAUUCUUUGUGCUAAACUGCAUUCAAACGCAAGCAAAAAUCGACAUAUUAGCAGAAAAUCUACAACUAAACUUUGCAGUGCACUUGAAAUGUUGGAUUAAUCCACUAGAAUUGUGCUAAUGAAUAUCUCCCUAUUCCUACAAAUUCACAAUCCUCUGUAAGAAAGUCAAGGGAACGAUUUAGAAAUGUGGUAUAAGUGUUAAAACUUAACUGAAUAACCAUGUUUAAAUUUGGUUUCCUGCAGACUCAAAAAUCCUGCACCAACUGUGAGUCUCUCAGCAGGGAAUCAAUGCACACACCUCUGCAUAUCCAGCUGUUACUGAGCUCCUCUUAGUAUGUCCUGGAUUCACUGCAGUGAACUUCUUACUACCUCUCCUCUGCAGCCAGUGAGCAUAAAGAACCAGACAUCCAUGUGUCAGGGAUGGAUUUAUUAGAGGCCACACUAAGGGGCCUGUGUACAUUCAUGCAUGCAUGUUUAAACUCACAGAUUCCCUGAAACACUGGGACCUAGACACUGUAAAUAAAUAUGUGGCCUUGUUUGGAACAACUGUAGUUUGUAAAUAAAGAAAGCAUUUCACUCAGUUUUGAUAUUUUAGCACUUUUUUGUUUAUUCUUAAAUCAAAAAAGACAAUGUGUUAACGAGCAAAAUGAAGGUUAAUAUAUUCUUAAUAUUUCAUAUAAUGCAAAAAUUAAGGUUCUGUUUUAUAUGUUAAAAGUUAGAAAUGCAGAAAUCCUGAUUGAAAACUUUCAAGAAUACAUUUUCCCCCCAUGUGAUGUUAAGCUCUUUGCUUUAACCUUGUGAAGGACUGGUAAUCCACUGUAGGAUGAGAGGAUGGAUGGAUGGAUGGAUUUGCAGCUCAUGACCAACUCUCUCUGUUGAGUAUAGUAUGAAAGU